CAAAUGAGCUGUUGUUUUGCUAGUGAUAAUUAUUUGCUAGUCAAUUAAGAACUGUAUUAAAAGUGUGAAGAAAAUCUAUCUAAAAGAAAAGUGUCACAUCUCAAUAAUAUUGUUAAGAAUAUAGUUCACAAUUAUUGAUCUGACUCAAUAUAUUGAUGGAUCGAAUAAAAAAGCUCAAAUUUGACUUAUAAGUUGCACAAAUUGAGUUUGAGACUAAGUUCGGGAAUCAAUAAGAAGAUAUCAAAAGCUCGUAUUUUCGAGUCUAACAAGUGACAAGUAGCUCGGGAGCUGUAUCGAAUUCUACUCGUUAAGCAGAUUGGUGCCACGUCAGCAAAACGCAUCCCGGUGGCCUUCACAGUCAAACGGCUCUAAUUUCCCCAUCACAAAUACAAAAAGAUCCAAUCUUUUUCACUCUCUGAAUAGUUACCAGCCAGUUGUGGAGGAUCCCUUUCUGUAAUUAUCUGAUUUAAAGCCUGAAAAUUUUGUGGGUUUAUCGAAAUUAGGGUUCUUAUGAAGCUGAAGGGCUAGAUUUCCCUCUGUUCUUUUCUUCCUUUUCUUGAACGUGGGGACGAAGAUGUCAGUGAGUGAGCUGAAGGAGCGGCACAUGGCCGCCACGGAGACCGUUAAUGGGCUCAGGGAUAGAUUGAAGCAGAAGCGUCUUCUUCUUCUGGACACUGAUGUUGCUGCGUACGCGCGGUCGCAGGGGAAGACGCCGGUGGCUUUUGGGCCGACCGAUCUGGUUUGUUGCCGGACAUUGCAGGGGCACACGGGCAAGGUUUAUUCACUCGAUUGGACUCCCGAAAAGAAUCGAAUCGUAAGUGCUUCUCAAGACGGAAGAUUAAUCGUAUGGAAUGCUCUCACGAGCCAGAAAACUCAUGCAAUUAAGCUUCCAUGUGCAUGGGUGAUGACAUGUGCUUUCUCUCCGAGUGGCCUAUCAGUUGCCUGUGGUGGCCUCAAUAGCAUGUGCUCGAUUUUUAACCUCAACUCUCAAACUGACAAAGAUGGGAAUUUGCCCGUAUCAAGAAUGCUAAGUGGGCAUAAAGGUUACGUUUCGUCAUGUCAAUAUGUUCCGGAUGAAGAUAGUCACUUGAUAACUGCUUCUGGUGACCAUACGUGUGUUCUGUGGGAUAUAACGACUGGUCUUCGAACGUCCGUUUUUGGAGGCGAGUUUCAGUCGGGCCAUACUGCUGAUGUUUUAAGUGUCUCGAUUAAUGGAUCCAACUCGAGAAUGUUUGUUUCUGGCUCAUGCGAUUCGACUGCCCGUUUGUGGGACACUCGAGUUGCGAGUCGUGCAGUUCGUACCUUUCACGGUCACGAGGGAGACGUUAAUACGGUAAAGUUUUUCCCUGAUGGGAAUAGAUUCGGUACUGGUUCGGAUGAUGGGACGUGCAAGCUAUUUGACAUUCGAACUGGACACCAGCUGCAAGAGUACAAUCAACCGAACAAUGAUAGUGAGGUUCAACACGUGACUUCUAUUGCAUUUUCCAUCUCUGGUCGGCUUUUAUUUGCCGGGUACACCAAUGGACAUUGCUAUGUGUGGGACACGCUAUUGGCGCAGGUGGUUUUGGAUUUGGGAUCUCUUCAAAAUUCUCAUAAUAGUCGGAUUAGCUGCCUUGGACUGUCUGCUGAUGGCAGCGCCUUGUGUACAGGAAGCUGGGAUUCGAACCUGAAGGUGAUUCAUAUUUGGGCAUUUGGUGGGUACAGAAAAGUGAUAUGAGCAGCCGAGACUCAAUUCGAGACAUCCUCUAUCAAAUUUUCCAACGGUCCCUAAGUUGUUGUGUGUUGCGAGUUGUGGCCUUACGAAUCGGUGUCUGUAAUUUUCCUUUAAUCUUGUUGUGAUCUUUGCUUUAACAGACAAAAGUUGGGUAGAUAAAUGAAAAUUGUGUGCAAUGAAUUGUGUUCAAUUGUUGAUUUGUAUUUGGUUCUUUCUGGGCUAAUAACUCUCUUUUUUCUCAAAUUCAAC